AUGGGGGAAGAACUAAGGUCGACUGCUGCCGGCCUUGGGCUUGCAUUAUCAGAGAAUGAGAUUGGCGACUAUGUGACUCUCUUAGACCGCAUGGAGAAGUCGUUGCAGACAGUGUCGGAGAUGCAUGACUAUCAGCCAAUACCAGAUCAAGGCAUAUACCCACGAUCCGACAUUCACUUUCCCACUGCAGAAUCUAAUCCGCUCGGCGCAUGGGCGUGGAAGUUCAAUGCAAAAAGCACCGCACCAAAAACUGAUCUUCUCACAGGCAAAACUGUCUGUCUCAAGGAUAAUAUCGCUGUCGCGGGUGUACCUUGCCUUCUGGGCACCGACACAUUUCAAGACUGGAUUCCGAACACCGACGCAACCGUAGUGAGCCGUAUCCUUGAUGCCGGUGGCACCAUCACUGGCAAAGCAGUAUGCGAGAAUCUUUCCCGCGGCGCGGUCAGCGCCACCGCUGCCACAGGACCUGUGCACAACCCGUAUGCAUUUGGAUACUCUGCAGGAGGAAGCAGUUCCGGAACUGCUGCGCUUGUGGCCAGCGGUGCGACAGACAUGGGGAUAGGAUGCGAUCAGGGUGGUAGCAUUCGCAUUCCCGCGAGUUUGUGCGGCCUGUACGGCUUCAAACCAACAGUCGGCUUGGUACCUUAUACAGGUAUAGCAAGUAAUGAUGCCUGCUUGGACUUUGUCGGUCCGAUGACAACAAGUUGCUUGGAUAAUGCACUACUCUUGGAAGCUAUUGCCGGCGUUGAUGGGCUGGAUGACCGUCAGUCAGCUGGCGCGCCGUUUCCCAGACAGGUACCACGCUAUGCACAACUGCUAACAGAGACCAAGGAGGAUGGGAUCAGGGGAAUGAGGAUCGGAAUAUUAAAAGAAGGGCUGGACCUGCCCGGGAUCAACCCUCAGGUGGAGAAGAAAUUCCAAGAUGCCAUGAACGUGUUUCGUCAACUUGGUGCCGUUGUGGAAGACGUUCAUGUUCCGAUUCACUCGCAGGCUCGAACUAUAAUCGUCGUUUUGAGUAAAAUGGGGAAUCACAUAGGAAUGCAGGGCAAAGCCACAGGACGAAGGCAAAUGAUGUUGACCGACUUGUUUGAAAAGAAAGACUUGCCAUAUUCGCCAGAGGUUCUCGCCAAGAUGAGCGUUAUGUGCAAGGAAGCUCUGAUAACUGGCGAAUACGCCUGGAAGCACUAUUCCACGCUCUAUCCCAAAGUCGUCAAUCUCAUACGCAAACUCCAAGAUGCCUACGACAAAGCACUUGAGAGAUAUGAUGUAUUGGUCAUGCCCACAACAAUUACAGAGUCUAACCCACUGCCUGCACAUGAUGCAUCUCCCCUUGAACACAUGGACGCAUCCAAGGGGAAGUUAGAGAACACAAGCCCAUUCAAUGCAUCAGGUCACCCGGCCCUUGCGGUACCCAUAGGGCUUAUCCCGAGUCGAGAGAACCAGAGCAUUGCGAUGCCAGUGAGUAUGCAAAUCGUGGGGCGGUACUGGGAUGAGUUGACGAUAUUGAAGAUUGCAUAUGCGUGGGAAUGCGCAGUCGGUAAUUGGAAAGAGUUCUGA